GAGUGGCGACCUAACGGGGUCCAGAUGAAAUCGUGUUACAUGAAAGGAGGGUCAGACGAGGUCUGCCAAAACUACGUCAGGAUCCUGUCUGAGAAGUCUCCCGGCCAUUACCUCAUCUGUGGCACCAAUGCCUACAAUCCCAAGUGCAGGGACUUCAAACUAGUCCAAGGUGUCCUGGAGCAGGCCGACGAAUUUCCUGGUCGUGGUUUGUGUCCGUUCGAUCCCUCUCACAACAGCACCGCCGUCUUCGCAGAUGGCCAGCUGUACGUCGGGACCAUCGCUGACUUUGCAGCUCUGGAGCCGCUUAUAUACAGAAAUCCUCUGCGUACAGAGCAGUAUGACCUGUCAAUUCUAAAUGCACCCAACUUUGUGAGUUCUUUCGCUUUAGGAGAUUUUGUUUACUUCUUCUUUCGGGAGAUCGCUGUAGAAUACCUCAACUGUGGAAAGACCCUAUAUUCAAGAGUAGCCAGAGUAUGCCGUCACGAUAAAGGUGGGCCUCACAAAUUUCGUAACAAGUGGACCUCUUACCUCAAGUCGAGACUGAACUGUUCGGUCUCUGGAGAUUUUCCAUUUUACUUCAACGAGAUCCAGGCAACAACAGAACCAGUAGAGGGACGAUAUGGAGGACAUGCUACUACAUUGCUGUAUGGUGUCUUCACCACUCCUAUCAAUUCCAUCCCAGGGUCGGCAGUUUGUGCUUUCACCUUCCAAGACAUCAUGGAUACAUUUGAAGGACCAUUCAAAGGGCAAGCUUCUGUUAAUUCCAAUUGGCUGCCUGUUCAGGGAACAGCUGUACCUGAACCAAGACCUGGUCAGUGUGUGAAGGAUUCCAGCACUUUACCAGAUGUUACUCUGAAUUUCAUAAAGGCUCAUUCCCUGAUGGAUGAAGCAGUACCUGCUUUCUUUGGGAGACCAAUUCUGAUUAGCACAAGCUUUCACUACAGUGGACGGUUCACAUCUAUAGCAGUAGACCCUCAGGUUCGGACACCAGACAGCAAAGCUUACGAUGUGCUCUUCAUUGGUACAGAUGAUGGGAAAGUCAUCAAGGCAGUUAAUACAAAGUCUGCAGACUCUUACCAAGAAGUCGAACCUUUUAUUAUUGAAGAAAUAACAGUUUUUCCACCAACCGUUGCCAUAAUGUCUUUGCAAGUAAUAAGACCAAGAGGAAAACCAUCACGUCUUCUUGUAACCUCUCGAUCAAGGAUUCACUCUAUACCUCUUAGCCGUUGUUACACAGACAAAAUUGCUUCGUGCAGUGAGUGUGUGGCUCUUCAAGAUCCUUACUGUGCAUGGGAUAAGAUGCUUCACAAGUGCCGCAUGGUAGGCCUUGGAAAGGAAAUGAUUCAGAAUAUUAGUGAUGGUAUCCACAGUGACUGUGGCAAGCCAGUAAAGAAACCAAAGCCCCCUGAGCACUCUGCAUCAGUAAAAGGAGAUAACCUUGGAGGAACACUACCACCUGUGCAUGAUCCUGCUGAUGACUCCAAGAUGCCAAGCAGUCAAAGCAUCCCAUUGCACUUCACAGCUGAAACGCUAGCCAUAGCAGUUGCAUCAGCUACUAUUGGUGCUCUCAUCCUAGGUUUCAUCACUGGAUUUUUCUGUGGGAAAAAGUGCAACAAGGAUGAAGACAACCAGUUGUAUGCUGACACUGAUUAUGAGUAUUUUGAUCAGAGACAGAAUGCCAACAGUCGGCUAACAGGCGAACUACAGGAAGAGGUAACUUACGCAGAACCAGUCUUGGUACCACAGCCACUCAAUAAGCCAGUGAACCUUGUGCUUAAUAUGUCACCUAAGGCAACUGUGAAGACUCCUGGGUCAAACACUCCUGGAGGAAACAUGGGGACUGUAGGGGCUCCCAUGGGUCCAUCUUUAGGGCUUCCUACAACUGGAGUAUCAUCAGGACCUCAUGACAUUCCCUUACAUUACACCCCUGAAUCUUACUCCACUCAUGGAACUCUACGGUCAUCUGAGAAGUAUGGAACUCGAGGUCGUGACCACCGGCAGCGGGAUUAUGAUCAUAGGCUUGUCGAUGGAUAUUCAACUACCCGUUCUGUCAAGAAAGUGUAUCUGUGAGGUGCCUACCUUAUUCUCAGUUCCAGCCCCCUUCAUUCAGUAGCACUCAUUAUCUUAUAGUACAGAUUCGAUUCAUGGCUAACCUUAAGCUUGUGUUUGCCGCAGUGCAUGGAUGGGCUGGUUUAAAGUGUGGGCACGUGGGAUAGACGGAUAAUGAAAGAAAUGGAUUCAACAGAAUUGUCAUACGUAGGAAUCCUGUUCUAGUCCCCGACUCACCGCCAGUAUUAUGUACAUAACACCCUAGUGCCAAGAGACACUUCUGCUCCUUAGGUAUAUCAGGACGGUUCUAUUCCUUUGGUAUAUCUCUCCUGUAAUCAAAGUACUCUGUAGCUAGUGUCAUGUAAAUCAAAUCCUGGAGUCAAGAGACACAUUCAUGUGACUAGCAUUCAUGAGAAAAACUAGGGUGUAAGAAGUGACUUAGAUUAAACUGAUGUAGAGACAAUUAUGUAUAAUAUUGACUUGUAAUAAUUAAUAAUGCUAAAGAAAUUGAAAAUUAUAAUUGCAUAGUAACAGAAAUGCAAACAACAGUCUAGGAUAAGCCAGAGUGAAACGAGUUCUAGUGAAUGAUUUGUAUUGGGUAUAUUGGCUGUUGAUAAUUUAAGUAAGAGUGUAGUGAGUUUUCAAGGCAGAGCUGCUUUUUGACAGCAGAUCAUUUUGCAAUGAAUUGUAUUGUAAUUUUCAUAGUAUUACAGGAUCAUGAUAGGAGUAUGUUACAAAUAAAAUAAAAAAAAAUGAGUAGAGUGCAGUAGGUUGCCUAUUUUCAAGACAUGUCAAUAUUCCAAGAAUUCUCCUUUUCUGCAAUGAUAUGGAUUGAAAUAAUUGUCCAGUGCAGGUAAUUCCAAGACUUUAUAUAAAAAGUGAUUGAGAAAACUGUAUAACAUAUAAGCAUUACAUAGAUUAGUUUAUGGUGUUAGCCAUACAACUUAUUAGGUUAAUAACCUAGUAUACCAGUCUGAUGAUGUCAAUUAACCAAGAUACUGUAUAUACAGUUGCGCGUACGGUUGUAUGUGAACAGAUGCAUACUGGUGCACUCAGCCAUUUUACAGAAUGGAGUUCUAUGCUGGAUUAUAUUGCUCCCUAGUUUGGUGUUGUAUAAUCUGACAUUGCCUGUAUUGUGCAUUUCAUCUGUUAUAACUCCUGUAUAGAGCCUGUGAUAAGUGAAGUUUUCUUGGACACUCCUGUCAAAUUUAUAAACCUGUCAGAAGUGUAGUGCUCUUACCAUGUGAAUGUAUGAGUUAUACUGUAUGUGCAUGUAGUAAGUAUGUAUAUACAUGUACACAUGCACAUUGCAUAAAUAUGCUGUGCAGGUACAGCAUACCUCAGAAGUCCACGCUAAUUUUAAGGGCGUAGAUCUCAAAUAAUGUUGGAUCUGACCAAUUAGUCUCAAGCUUGAACAGCUCCAAGCUCUGCAGACUAAAAUGUUGAUCACAUUUAGGGGAAGGGUGUAAGUCUAAAAAUCCACAAGUUCAGAGGGUAUAUGUUGCCUCGUAUACAUGUACAGACACUUCCAGACAGUAGACACAAAAAACAGGCAUGAGAAUAAAUUGUAACACUGACCAGAAAUACUGUACAUGCUUCACCAUAUGUAAUAUAUCACCCAAUCCUAUUGCUAUACUCAUGAAUAAUUUUCCCUUGGAAUUCCCAGUUUCAGAAUUAACUGAUAAUUUUUAUUAUUGAGGUUAUGAAUGAUCUUGUAUAUAGUGUAUUCUUGUCCAUUGUAGAAGUACUGUAUUUUAAACAAAUGGCAUGAUUAAUGAUUUUUUCGGCCUUUGAUACAGAAUGAGAGGCUGUUGCUCCUUCUUGCCAUAAAAAGAAAAGGAUGAUAUAGCUAUUUUAAGGUCUGUAAAUAUUGACCAUUUCACAUGGUGAUUAGGGGGAAAAUACCAUUUUACGAAGGGGAUAGGAAUUUAUUUCUGCUUGUAUGUACUGAAGAGGAGAGAUGGAGUUGGUAAGCAUAAGUUGGUCUGAUUUUCCUCCAUAACAAAUAUUUACACUUCUUGUAAGGUAAAUAUGUUAAAAAUAUUGUAAUUACAUUACAGCAUAUAUGUUUAGGCUGUAAACGUUAUGGAGAUAAUCUACCGGUGUGUAUAAUUCCGUGUACAUGGAAUUUUCAUGAAAUUUCCCAUCUAGUUUGUCUCGUUCUUAUAUUUUAUUUUGUCCAGUUAGAGCAGUAUUGUUUUUACCUCUAACAGUAUGUGAAAUAGGCACAAAAUGGGCACAAACUCUUGGUGCUUUCAUGCAUUUGAUAUGUUGUAAAUUUCAAUUGAGUGCAGGCACUUUUUUGUUGGUCUGAUUCAUUUGUUGUGAUAAGGAAAUGGUUUAGUUUUGUGGUACUAUGGUACUUACCACAGUAGCUUUUGUACAAUCUUGUUCUUUUUAACGGACUGUUUCAUAGGCUGGUGAAAGUGCCAUAGUCCAGGGAACUUGACUUUAUUUGUCUAACAGCAACUGAAUCAGGUUUGUAAAAUUCCACUCAAAUUUACUGAAUGUAGUAGUCAUGGUUUCCCAUCAGUCAAAUGGAAUCUUAGUGAAAGACAGUAUGAUUUACAUUUUUUACUUUACAGAAAUCUCAAGUUUUUGAGUACAAAUUUGAUUCACACAGGUUAUUUUUGCUUGCUGGAUUUUGCUCCCAGUUACAUGUGUUGCAAAGUACAAACAUUAUGUAAUGAAAUUGCAAAUACAUUUUUUGAUGUAUUUUUAUUUUAUGGUUCUAGUACACAGCAGUGAUUUUAAGUAGCUUCCCAGACAUUACAAUAUAAUUCUUCAUACCAUGUUAUAAUGGUAUUGUUUGAAAAUUUUAUUUAUCAGUGUCAUUCCCCCUUAAUAUCACUUAUCUCAUCUUAGGUCAAAGAUUGUAAGGCUUUAAGAGUAUAGGUUAUUAUUAAGGAAAGAUUUUUACAGGGCACAGAUGUAGAGGCUGCUGUACAGAAUUGCUUUGUGGUGACAGUGUAGUGUGGGUGUUGCUUCGUGACUGUAAAGGUGAGAUGAGAACAAUGUGUAGUAGAGUUCUGGCAUGGAGCGCUCAACCCACCAAACUCCCUCGACACCAUCCUUAUUUUGUUUUCUCUGCCGCCGGGUUAUGUUCAUCAAACUGAAAAAAAAAAAGUCUCAGCAAUGUAUUUUUCCUUGCACAUUAAAUGUUGUAAGUGGAAAUUAAGGCAAAAGGUUUUAACAAUGUAAAGUUUGAUGUCAUUUGGAUUUAUGAUUUUAAUGUCUACUAAACAGAAAUGGCAAGGAGUUGCAAAAGGUAGUGUGCAUCAACUAUCAAAGCAAACUUGGAAAAAAGAUUGUAUUCUAGUUUUAAUGUGCAGAAGGUGAACAUCAUGAGGUUAUAAUGCCAAAUUUUGUAUGUUAAGAUAAAAUUACAAUGCCAGUAUGAUUUUUAAUUGUAUAUUCACUUUUGUAAUACCUUUGGUCAUAGACAAUUUAUUCAUAAACAAUGUACCCUGGUAGUUGUUUUAACUAUUAGUUAAGAGGGGACUUCACUUUUUUAAAUUUGUAAAAAUCCGCUUAUUUUUCAACUUUUGAAUAAUUUAUUAUGUGCUUUUUAAUAUGGUACAUAACACAAACAUUUAAUAUUUUCUACUGAAUUGAUAAAUUAAAAAUUCACAUCAGUCAAAAGCAGCUUUGUUCCCUGAUUAAGUGCCUAUGCAAAUGAUUAACUUUUUUCCCCCUCUUCAAUUCUUGUACAUGAAAGUAAUGAUAUAAAGGGCAACAUGAGGAUUGGGACUUGACCUCUCUCUUAAUUUUAAACUGCAAGAGUUGAACUUCUACCAGGAUAAACCUUAUUUUUUUCCUCAGCAUUAACAAUAAUUUUUCAUUGAUUCCAGCAACAGCUGAAUGUAUAUACAUAUUUUUGUUAGUUUGUGAGUGAUUAUGAAGUACCAAUUGACCUAAACAGUCUGAUUUUAAGAAAGACAAUCUGGUCAGUGGUAUGGUCCUAUUAUUAACCAUUAAAGUCACUACAUUCCUAAUGUAGUAUGUUCUUAAACCUUUCAGUAAUGUCAAAUGUUGCACAAAUGAGAAAUAUAUUAUAUAUAAAGUAUUUAUGAAAAACCCCAUAGUGCAUUCAUCAGGGCAGCUAUUGUAUUAUGUAAAUACAGUAUUCUAGCCUGAUUCUGACUUUCAUAUUUUGCUGUAAUAGCCUAUACUGUACUAUCAAUAUGUAGAGCAACAUGAUAUAUAUAGUAUUGCAUAUACUAGAACUUAACAUUCCUCUCGAAAGAGUAAUUCAAGAUGCUUUAUCAUUUGCUACACAAGUAAGUUUCCUCAGUUAAAAGUUAACCCCUAGCAACACUAAGAGACCAAUGAAUAUACAAUGUAUAUCAAGUAUGAGUACAUAAAGUUUGUCAGGUACUAAUCUCCAGUAGUUAUUCCUAUUUCUUAUAUGGGACCCGGCGGUAUUCCCCACAUUUCUCCCACCUUUAGUCAAUGCUUCCCAUAGCCCAACUCCUUGCGCCCUGCGCACCAACACAUCAUCAUUGUUAUAAUAAAAUGUGCAUUUACA